AUGUCCGAGUUCAUCGACUACUCACGCAAAGCCGGCGCCGACGCGACGAACGAGAGUCCGUUCGAUGACGAACCACCUCGACCAUCAUCGCGGGGGAGUCGGUGAGUUCAACUCCACGCUACAUCAUGCGCUGCUGCGAGCCAGGACGCCGCCGACGCAGAGCGCGGGGAGCGGCAAUCCCCCGGCCACCGACCCGCUGGCUGCCGUUCGCCGGGGAAGGCGUCCGACGUCAGACCUGUCGCGACCUAGCGGCAGUGGUGGAGGCAAUGCUGCAACGCACGGUCGUAUACAAGUGCAGUGGUUCAAACCAUGAGAACAAGAGUAAAAUAAUUGAUCCGUACUUCGCAUGCAUACCCUCAGUCGUUCGGGCAAGAGCUCGGCGAGCCAGAGGCGCAAGGUCAACUACGGCGACAUGAGCAGGGCCGAUCUCGAGGCCGAAGCACGCGACGAACGCCAGCAUCCCGUCGGUGACUUUAUGUCUCACCAACAGGUGAUAUCCAAGGAAGGGGACGAAGAAGCCGUGAGUCUCGCUUGCUUCUAUAUUCGCUGGUCGUGGUCCGAUCCGGCUCGAAUUGGCCGCUGCGUCCGCGCGAACUUGGCCGUAGCUGGCUUGGACAGCUCGCCGCGCGUGACCUCUACUGGCGCGCCGGAGGCCCGCAAGCUCAUGAAUCGACGCUAACCCGCAUUCGGUCGUGUACCAACUCUCGUCGGCGGCGACAGUAUAUCGGAGGGACCAGCGCUUUCGGUGUCUCAGGUGCUGGGAGAGCUGGCCAGAACGACUACAACGAAAAAGACGACGUCGCGUACGGCAACUACCCCCAGCAGCAAGAGGCUGCGAACUACUAGUCAGUCGCCGCCCCCCUCCCUGCCUGCCCGAGUUCUCUCGAGUCUGACGUAGACGUAUCGCGCCUGGCGACGAACUUUUGUAAUUCCUACAGCGGAGCGGUGCAGCAACCGGGGUUCUUCAGUGAAAAGAGUCAACAACAACGACAAUACGUGGAUCCGAAACAGCAGUAAGUCAACGGUCUAGUUCUUCCUGAGCCGGUGGAGAAGGCUUCUGCGGCGAACCAAAGCUGGAUCCGCGAACUGGCUGGCCGGCGCGCGAGCCAGCAGAUGGCAUGCUGACUUGAACAUACUUCUGGCGCCUCCCAAAGCAUCGAUGCACGCGUCCACCGAAAUCAGCCCGAAGAUCUUGGGUACGAUCCCGAGGACCACCAUUUCCUCAACGACCACAUCGUCCCCGACUACCCGACACAGACUUUCUUCCGCAAAUGCGUACGUCCGGAGUGGAACAACGACCUUGUCGAAGAAAUUGGCAUCGUCUGAUCUCUCCCUUCGUAUGACCUUUUGUAAUACAGGUCUUGACUGGAUUCCAGAUCGGGUCUUUCAUUGGCACCACCGCUGGAUUCAACCUGAUCGCCGUCAUGGCCAUCGCCAGUUACGUCUUCAAGUUCAUCAACCCCUUCUACAAGUUCAAGAAGCGCACCGAUGUCGACAAAGAGUGGGAGCUUCGCAUCACCGGCGAACGCUUCUCGUCUCGUGCCGAAUACUACGCCGGAUUCUUCGGGCACGAAUGCGAGGCCCUCGAUGUUGAGACCGAGGAUGGCUUCGUGUUGCGUGUGCAUCACCUUAUUCACAAAAAGUUCAAGGGCCGCGGUCAUCCCGUCAUCUUGCAGCACGGCAUCCUGUCCAACUCGGUCACCUUCAUGGUCAACGAAGAGAAGUCGCUCGCAUUCUGGCUGCUUGACCAGGGCUACGACGUUUACGUGAGCAACAUCCGCACCAAUUUCAAGAUGCCGCACCGACACUUCAAGCGCUCCGAUCCCCGCUAUUGGGCAUGGUCGAUCAAGGAGAUCGGCAUGUACGACCUACCCGCCAUCGUCGACUUUGUUGUAGGUCGCACCGGUGUCAAGCCCGCUUACAUCGGUCACAGUCAGGGUACCGGUACCAUGUUUUUGGCCCUCUCGCGCGGUAUCCGUCCCGACAUUGGUAACAAACUCUCGUCUUUCAUCGCUCUCGGGCCCUCCGUCUACGCCGGCCCUGUGCUUCGCACCUUCCCCUUCUCGGUUAUGCGCAGGUUCAAGAGCAGGGGUCUGUGGAGCCUUGUGUUUGGAGGUGAGCUCGUCGACGAUACCGCGUCAGCCCAGCAAUCUGAGAGCCCGCAUGCUGAUCUGACCACCAUAUUUUUGCGACGCCUGCAAAGUUCGCGAGUUCAUGCCCAUCUUAUCGAUCCUGCAAAACGUGUUGCCCAGUUGGCUCUUUGGUCACGUCGCCGUUCCCGUCUUUCAGUUCCUCUUCGGAUUCGGCACCCAACAAUGGCUCUGGCGACAAGUGCCCAAGUUCUUCCGCACCGUCGGCCUACCCAACUCGUCCGAGCUGCUCUACUACUACAUGUCCAACUUUUCGUACAACAACUGCAUCUUCAACACGCACUCGACCGAGCCGUGGUUCCCGCGCUCGUUCCCACCCCUUGCCAUCUUCUACGGCACCGCGGACACGCUCGUGCUCGGCAAACCUCUGGUCGAGCGUAUUCGCGAGUACGAGCCCAACGUCCGCCUGGUCAAGGUCGUGGCCCUCGAUGAUUACGAGCACAUGGACAUGAUCUGGGGUGUUAAUGCCGUCCCCGAAUGCUUCCUGGGUAUCCGCGAUAUGAUCGAGGAGACCAAGAACGGUUACACGCCUGCACGACGUCCUAAGCGAUCCAACUCAAAGCGAUCGCGACGAUCGUCGAGUCAGAACCGAGAGACCCGCGAUUACUAG